AGGUAAUUCAAUAAAAAAAAAACGAAAAAAUUGUCAUGUGUCAUCAAUUUCCUCGAAAGUUUUCGUAAGAAGACUCCAUUAUAUUUCUUUUCAUUUCAUUCUACCAUUUUGUACAAUUAUUCUUUUAAUCUUUAAAAACAUCACUAAAAAUGCCACGUGUACAUAUAGGUCCCGGUCCUGGGAAAUAUAUGCUCCCGCCUGUGGUUGGGUACGAGCAUCAUGAUUUUACCAAGCAUAGGAAUCCUCAGUAUUCUAUGGGACUAAAAUUGGGAUCGACCAGCAAGGCUAUGGGUCCGGGACCAAAAUAUCCUAUAGAAAAAAUGACGAGGUAUGGGAAAGCUAGCCCACCUGCAUAUUCCAUAAAAUCGAGACAAAGAACCAUAAGUCGUUUUCAAACACCCGGACCUGGUACCUACGCCCCCGAGAAAGCCCCCCGCACCAAAGAACCCAGACCUCCAGCUUACUCUAUGGCGUCCAGACAUCAAGGAUUCAAACCGUAUCUGACCCCUGGACCUGAUAAAUACGAAGUACCGUCUACCCUAGGUCCCAAAGUACCGGAUAAGCCAGCCAAUGCGGCUUACAGCAUGUCAUUCAGACAAAAAGUCCUGGGUCAGGAACGAUCUCCGGGUCCGGCCAAAUACAACAGUGCUAAAACGGAGCUGUAUAAGAACAAGGCACCUACAUAUAGCAUGUCCCCAAGAGUGUAUCCACCCCUCGACAAGAAUCAAACUCCUGGGCCCAUUUAUCUACCCAAGCUCCCCAAAAAACCGGGCUACUCGUUCGGAUUGAGGACCGAUACUGAUCCUUAUGUAACCGCAGAAGACGACAUGCCUUGUAUUGACAGAACCAAGGGGUGUUAGAAGACGUAAACAACUAUCAACAAGGAGACUACCUUAAAGGAAAUUGGAGUUGAAAAAUACUAUACUGCCUCCAAUUUUUAUAUGUAACUUAAGAGGAAAAGUAAAUCUAUUCAUUUUAAG